AUGGAUCCCCAGCAGCGUCUACUCACAGAGCACUUGGGGUUUGCUCCCUUGACAUUAAUAGACGAAGUUAUCAAUUCUGUCAAUCACAUCAUUUAUAAUUGUUUAGAUGGCUUGGACAGGUUCCUCGUAAGCAAAAGAGAGAGCCAGAUCCAGGAACUACGUAACAAGUCGACGGAUAACUCUGACAUAAUGUUGGAUGACGAAGAACCCACAAAUCCGGAGUUCAGAAGACGUGUUUUUCCGCUCGAAGAUAUCAAGAAGGGCACCGCUGAAUUGGAGACACUACUAGUAUCGCACGUUGAUCGUGCUUUUGACAAGUUUGAGCUCUAUACCCUUCGGAAUAUUCUUUAUAUCCCUCCUGACCUUGUCAGUGGAGGGUGGGUUAGACUAAAGCAUCACAAGGGUCUCAAUUUGCUGGUUCAAGAUGACCCCCUGAGAGAUAAAGAGAUUCGCCAAUUAAUGGAGAAGAUAAACCUCGAGCUCACACUACGAAAGAUUUUACAGCUACAAAAGGCGAAGGCGACGAAGCUAGUUCUGGCGCUCAAACAUUACAGAUCGUGUGUAGCGGCAAUAGUCUCUCUGGGACUGCAGUCACAGCUUUCUCCGGAAAAGAAGACUACGCUUCGCCAACAUUUGGAGCCCAUGAACGAGAACUUGUACUAUUUGCUUGGGCAGACCGACACAUUACUAGAGCAGACGUUGAAAUUGGAACAAAAGUUAAAAAGUGGUAACUUUGAUGGCUCGUCCGAGUGCCACUUCACUCCUUCUUUACGGGACGUUUACAUGAAUCAUAAAUCUCUCAAAUUGUUGAGCGAAUGCGGCGUCAUCAAAGAUGGUGAGCAGGAGAGCAGCAGGCUGUUCUUGUACUCUGCCGUCGCCGAGACUCCGAAGGGCACUGACUAA